ACAGGGCGAGUUAUCUGAGCUCACUGCAUCUCUUGGAAUUUGGUUUAAUUGUUGUAUAAAUUCUUCUUCUCAUUGUACGCAUUGAUCAAUUCUAAGAGCUUUUUUUGUUCUCGUUACUCUCACUCUUUCAGUAUUUGUCUCUGACCAGAUAGAUCCUGUCUGACGGUUAGCGAUCCAGUCAUUUAUUUUCACGUUGUUAACAUAUAACCUGAAUAUUCUCAAGGAUCACUCAAUACUUUUGUGGAGGAAUCUGAAAUCGUUUUUACCUUAAAGGAUUUCGAAGACAUCCUGCUACAUCUUGACAAGCAGUUUUAAAAUGCAUGGUGAGCAACCCUCUGCCAAAACUGAGAUGAGCCGUUUAAGCGCUGCUCAAGAAGACGAAUGCAGCAGCUCCAACAGCAACGAGUACAACUAUGAUCAAUGGUCAAAGAAGAUGCCACUGGACAACACUGAUCUAGAUGCAGAGAGUCAAAACUUCCUCCCUGAGCACACGAGCAAGAAGAAGUAUGACCCUGACUAUCAUCAGGGCAAUGCCUCCUUUGGCAUGUCCGUCUUCAACCUGGGCAACGCCAUCAUGGGCAGCGGCAUCCUGGGUCUGUCCUUUGCCAUGGCCAACACUGGAAUUGCCCUAUUUGUGAUUCUCCUUGUGGCUGUCGCCUUGUUCUCCUUGUAUUCUGUCCACUUGCUGCUGAAGACAGCUAAUGAAGGAGGUGCACUAGUUUAUGAACAACUGGGCUACAAAGCCUUCGGGUUACCGGGGAAACUUGCAGCCACCUGCUCCAUCACCAUGCAAAACAUUGGAGCAAUGUCAAGCUACCUCUACAUCGUCAAAUACGAGCUGCCCAUUGUCAUUCAAGCUUUUACAGGAAGCAACAAUGGAGAAUGGUACAUUAAUGGAGACUACCUGGUACUGAUUGUGACGUUUUCGAUUAUCCUGCCCCUCUCGUUGCUCAGAAACCUGGGUUACCUUGGUUACACCAGUGGUCUGUCCCUCCUCUGCAUGGUGUUUUUUCUGAUUGUGGUGAUCAUUAAGAAGUUCCAGAUUCCCUGCCCUCUGCAUAUUGAUGAUGACACUCUGAAUGAAACCAUGAGUAAGAUCAAUUUAACCUGGCCCCACAUCAACUCCACUACUGCCAACUCCACUGCUGUAGACUACAGCGACACUUGCAAGCCAAAAUACUUUGUCUUGAACUCACAGACUGUCUACGCUGUUCCCAUUUUGACCUUUGCCUUCGUCUGCCACCCCGCCAUCCUGCCAAUGUACGAGGAGCUCAAAGACCGUUCCCGUAAAAAGAUGCAGAACGUUGCCAACGUGUCCUUCCUGGCCAUGUUCAUCAUGUACCUGCUGGCCGCCCUCUUCGGAUACCUGACUUUCAAUGAUCAAGUAGGACCUGAGCUGCUGCACACCUAUGCCAGGGUUUAUAAGUUUGAUGUUCUCCUGCUGAUCGUCCGUCUGGCUGUGCUGACCGCCGUCACCCUCACCGUCCCUGUGGUGCUCUUCCCUAUUCGUACUUCCUUUAACCACGUCCUGUGUGCAACCAAGGAGUUCAGCUGGGUCCGCCACAUCAUCAUCACCGUGAUCCUGCUGGGUGGCACCAACCUCCUGGUCAUCUUUGUACCCACCAUAAGAGACAUCUUUGGCUUCAUCGGCGCCUCUGCUGCUGCCAUGCUCAUCUUCAUCCUGCCUUCGGCUUUCUACAUCAAACUGGUCAAGAAGGAGUCCAUGAAGUCUGUGCAAAAGAUUGGGGCCACACUCUUCCUGAUAUGUGGAAUCGUGGUCAUGUGUGGCAGCAUGACGCUCAUCAUCCUGGACUGGAUCCACAACGCUUCAAAGAGUCCUGAAGAACAGGCCAAUGGACACUAAAGUUCCAGGUGAAGGAAUGGAGGCUCUGUGCGUUGGGCUGCUUCAACGGUGCAACAAAGAUCAAAACCCAUUUCAAACAAAGAAAAACACAAGAACUCACUCGCUGCUCGGCUUUGACUUGCUGAGCGACAGACCACGCCAUUCCAAGAGAAUGUAUUCGAACUCUGUACAGUAUGCCGUUAUAGACCACAAAGAUGGUGUUUUCCUUGUUUUUUUUCUCUUUUUACUGUAAUGUUUUUCAUUGUGUUUUUUGCUCGUUUUUACUCUCAAUGUUUUAUCCGUUUGUUUAGUUUUUUUUUUUUUUGUAGUGAAAGAACAGCUGAAAACAAAUAUUUGAAGGUGCCUCGUACCAGAGAUAAUAUAGAGUUCGAAACGCAGCUUACGCUCAGGUACAGUGUUGCGAGUGUGACUGCACGCAGCUGCUGACAAAACUACGUGAAUCUCAAGAAGACUGACAAGAGGCAAGACUUGAAAGUUUAUCCUCCUCAAGGAUAAAGUUCCUUCCAACAGUUUUUUUUAAAAUACCUUUUCCUUUUUUUUUACGUUGCCAAAAAUGUAUUUGCAUCUUUGUAUAUUGAAAAGCACUUACAGUUCAGCACACGUGUCAGUUUUCACAGGCGAGGCCCUACAACGCCACCGACUAAGUAUUUGUACCAAGGCUCUACGACCUUGCUUAUAGUGUCAACGUUUUCUUGUGAAACCGUGUAUGAAGUCAACAGAACCUGCCUUUUCAAACCCCACACUGGGAGCUGGAGAGUUUCUCACGAGGACUCUUUAAGAAACUGUAUCUACUCUUUAUAACCUGCUGAAGAUCUUGUUGGAACAGCGAGUGCAGCAACGACACUACUGCUGAAAAAGGCCAGCGAGCCUCCUGGUUCCACCUGCCCGCUCGGGGCUGGUGGUGGGGACUUAAAAAAUUUUCUUUAUGGGAGAAUACUUUGAAUUUGACCACAUGCAGUGGUUGUAAUGUACCUGUUAAACUUGCAAAAAAAAAAAAAAAACAACAACAGAAAGAAGAUCAAAAUCUAGAAGAAGUAAGGUGCACUCUUAAACACAGACAACCAAACAACGAGAGAGUGAGAGAACUGAGGAGGAGGGCGACACGGUAUUUUGAGUGUGUUUACGUAUGGUCGCACAGUCUUGUGCUUUCAAAAUGUUUCACACCGAAGAACACAACACCACGGCUUGGACUUGGUUUCCUGCCGAGUCCAGAGCCUGUCAUCGGACGGUGCACUGUGCUUCCAACACUAACACACCACCAAACUGUUAUUGUCCAUCUAUUUAUGGAAGACCGUGAAUCAAUGUAAUUUAAUCUAUUUUACUAUAUUUAUAUAAUAUUGUAUGUAUAUAUAUAUAUGUAUAUAUAUCUCUGUUGAGUUCAACUGUAUAUAUGCUUUGUUUUGUUUGAAUUUUUUUUCCUUUUUUUUUUUUUUUUUUUUUUUUUUUUUUACAAUAACACAUUCUGACUGUAAAACAAAAACAUCCCAAGGUGUUGAAUUUGUGAUGUUGAAUUUGCUCCGAAUUCUCCGGAGCCUCAGUUGUUCAUCUCCAUUAAGACUGAACCACAACAGUCCUACAUUGUUGAUACUGUACACAAAACCCUUACGCAUACAAGCCACUGAUACGGCAGCAGCAGUCUUGUUUUCUUUUCUUUUUUUUUGUUGUUUCCUUUUUGGCCCCUGAACUAAAACCCAGAGCAACAAAAUGUUCUUUCCACUCAUCUCAGUCGGAGAGUACUGUACGUCAACCAUCUCUUGACCUCAGGAGCAAAGAGGGCUUUGCCUGCCAGUGUUACACUCUUGUUUCAAUGAAACACAAUGUAUAUCCUGUAGUUUAAUGUUCAAUUAAAAUCAACGAUAAACUGUU